CUGCUGCUGCUACCGCCAUCGUCAUCACACACGCAUGGGCCUGUGGUUCUACGCCAUAGUCGUAUCCGUCGUCUUGGUGUACCUAACCUGCCAUGACUAUGCCAUUAGGAGCCGACAACUAGGCAAACUCAUGCUCGAGCUCCUCGCUUACAUCCAGAGAACGUUGGACCGGAUGAAGGUGACGACAGUUGAGUCUGCCCGGCUGUCGAAUACUGCAGCGAUGCCAUCCGCAGCUGCUCUUCCCUCUGUCGAAAUGGAAACCCACGUCGCUCGGACAGACGCAGUCAUGACGGGCAACUCGUCGGCAUGUGAUGCUUCUCCUUCGUUGUCCCCAUUGUUGUUUGACGUGGAGACACACCCGACCGACGCGGCCCUAGCAAAUCCGUCCAACUUCUGCUUCCUUAACGCGACGUUGCACUGCUUGUUUCGGUCUCCCCAUUUUCUAACGUCCUUGCACCACCUGGUCAAUCAAGCUCGGCGGAACACACCCAAGACAACAUGCUGCGCAUCCCUUCUCGACGCAGGGAUAGCCAUGAAGGACGAGACUCGUGGCGAGUGUGUGGAUGUCGUGGAGAUGGGCCUCACCGCCGCCAUGCGCGCUUGCUCGUCGGCUCUGAUCGCCCCGUCCCCUUCGCGUCAAGUGCAGCAAGACGCCCAAGAAUGCCUGUCGUUUCUUCUCGACACGCUCAACGAGGCCUCGCCUCCGGCGGCUGCUGCGACCUCCCCGAUGACCUCCCACCUCUUGCAAGCCAUCCAUUUGGCCUCCAGCACCGAUCCAGCUACGUACGCGCAUUUGGUAACGCACUUCGCCGACGUCACAUGGGCAGCUUACUCGGCGCAGCACACGUCGUUCGUCGCCCGUCAGUUCGCAGCCCAAGUCGUUCGAGGCUCCAGCUGUCAAGUGUGUCAUCGGCUGUCAGUCCACAUGCAAGAAACGAGUUUGUUGUCGUUGGGAUUGCAUUCGUCCACGCUGCGCAUGAGUUUGGAGAGCUGCUUGGACCAGUUUCGAGCCAUGGAAGUGAUGGACGGGCUCAAUCAAGUAUGGUGCGCCCCAUGUCACGCCAAGACAGACCAAGCGACACAGACGCUGCUCAUGCGAACCCCGCCGUGUCUGGUGCUCCACUUGAAGCGGUUCAUGUGCGACAGAGGUUCAGUCACAAAGAAUACCGCGGCCGUGUCGUUUCCCGUCCGUCGCUUGAACCUGUCGCCUGCGUGUUUUACCAGAGGAGUACCCGACAACAACUACCGCCUCUACGCCGUCUGCGCCCACGUUGGAACCAGUUUGGACCGAGGCCAUUACGUGGCGUACUGCCGGCACACCCUGACGUUGCACUGGCUCAAAUAUGAUGACGACUGCGUGUCCAUCGUACACGAGCAUACGAUGCUGCAACAGACGCUACGCUCGGCCUAUUUACUGUUUUACGAACGCUUUGACGUUGCAUAA